CUGCCAUCCCUGGCAUCCUGAGAGCCCUGCCAUCCAGCUCGUCCCCAGCAGCCAGAAGCAGCAUCCAGGGACAUCCCAGAGCAGGGGGAUUUCCAGGCACGAGGAACUGCUGUGAGUAAUGGGGAGGGAACCUUGGUCCUGCUGAUCGGCUCCAGGGAAUGUCACUGUGCUGUGAGCGCCGGUGAAGAGAGAGAGUGGGGGAAGAGAGGGAGGACAGACACAGAGCAGGCAGAGAUGAUCCUCCUCACUUAGCACAGGCCACGUCAGAGAAGGUCCCCAGCCCCAGCCCUGCCCCGGCUCCUCAUGGAGGGGCACCGGGGGGCCCCCAACGCCAGCGUGCUGGGGGAGCACUCCCUGCUCGUGGGCAGCAGCUGGGUGGCCGCCUUCCUCUGCUUUAUCAUCCUGCUGACCACGGCGGGCAACUUCCUCCUCAUCCUCCUCAUCAUCACGCAGCGCUCCCUCCGCAACACCUCCAACUAUUUCCUGGUGUCGCUGUUCAUGUCGGACCUGAUGGUGGGGCUGGUGGUGAUGCCCCCGGCCAUGCUGAACCAGCUCUACGGCCGCUGGGUGCUGCGGGGGGACUUCUGCUCCCUCUGGGCCUCCUUCGACGUCAUGUGCUGCAGCGCCUCCAUCCUCAACCUGUGCGUCAUCAGCCUGGACCGCUACCUGCUGAUCACGUCCCCGCUGCGCUACAAGCUGCGCAUGACGUCCUGCAGGGCGCUGGGCCUCGUCCUGGCCACCUGGAGCCUGGCUGCGCUGGCCUCCUUCCUGCCCAUCAGGAUGGGCUGGCACCAGCUGGAGCUGGAGCUGCGGCCCCUGAACGUCACGGGGCAGGGGGACGAGGAGCAGUGCCGGCUGCUGGUCAGCCUGCCCUACGCCCUGGUGGCCUCCUGCCUCACCUUCUUCCUGCCCUCCGCCGCCAUCUCCUUCACCUACUGCCGCAUCCUGCUGGCGGCCCGCAGGCAGGCCGUGCAGGUGGCUUCCCUGGCCUCCAACGUGGCCGCCGCCGAGGAGGCCACUGCACAGGUGCCACGUGCCCCGAGCCAGCCCCUGGGCAGCAGUGAGAGCAGGAGGUUCACCAACAAGCACAGCAAGAAGGCUCUGAAGGCCAGCCUGACCCUGGGCAUCCUCCUGGGCAUGUUCUUCGUGGCCUGGCUGCCCUUCUUCGUCACCAAUGUGGCUCAGGCGGUUUGUGGCUGCGUCCCGGCCGGAUUCUUCGACGUGCUCACCUGGCUGGGCUACUGCAACAGCACCAUGAACCCCAUCAUCUACCCCCUGUUCAUGAGGGACUUCAAGAGAGCCAUGGGCAGGUUCCUGCCCUGCUGCCGGCGCCCGGCGGAGCCGCGGCCCAGCGCCGUCUCCCUGUCCAUGAGGAACUCGCCCAGCGGGCCCCGCGCCGCCGCCUCCCUCAGGAACGUGCUCAGCCUGCAGGCUGACACCGGCUCCGGGGGCUCCGGGGCAGCAGGGAGCCAGCCCAGGCUGCUGCCAGCCCCGCCGGGCCCUGCUGCUCGCCCCGCCAGCCUCUGGGACACCGAGCCCCCCGACACCGAGCGGCAGCUCGGCACCCCCGUGGCCUGA